UAAACAAACAAAAAACUACACACCUUUUUCAUAUAUAUUUCUCAUGAAGAGUAACAAUACUCAACCUCAAUCAUCUUUCAAGAAGUUCUGCCGGAAACUUUCACCGGAGAGGAAAGCCUCAUCAGCCGGAGAAGGAGAGAUACAACAGCAUAUCAGUAGCAAUGCUCAUGACGACAAGAACAGAGACUUAGAGGCUGUUUUUGCUUACAUGGAUGCAAACAGAGACGGUAGAAUCUCUGCGGAGGAGCUUAAGAAGAGUUUCAGGACACUGGGUGAGCAACUCUCUGAUGAAGAAGCCGAAGCUGCGGUCAAACUAUCUGAUUCAGACGGAGAUGGGAUGUUGGAUUUCGAGGAGUUUGCUCAGCUUAUCAAAAGAGACGACGAGUUUACAGAGGAAGAGAAGAAGAUGGAGCUCAAGGAAGCGUUUAGAAUGUAUAUAUCAGAAGGUGAAGAGUGUAUCACACCAAGAAGCUUGAAAGUUAUGCUUAAUAAGCUGGGAGAGUCGAAAACAACUGAUGACUGCAAAGUUAUGAUUAGUGCUUUCGAUCUCAAUGCUGAUGGAGUUUUAAGCUUCGAUGAGUUUGCUCUUAUGAUGCGCUAAUUAAAUUAGAGCUAUUUCACCUCCCAAUAUUGUUCUUUUUUUUUUUGUCUUUAGUUUUUUGUUCUUUAAUUUGAUCUUCUACUGUAUAUAUAAAACUUUAAAUGGCUUGUGUGACUCAAUAAACACGAU